UGUCACGUGUACGCGCGAAAAUCUUGUGGCGGGAGUUGAGUGUGGUUGUUCAUUGAUACGUUUUCCGGCUGCACAAUGGGAAUUCAAGGUCUUACCAAACUGAUUGCUGAUGUGGCCCGCGGAGCCAUAAAAGAAAAUGACAUCAAAAGUUACUUUGGGCGUAAAGUGGCCAUUGACGCCUCUAUGUGCAUCUACCAGUUCCUCAUCGCUGUGCGUCAGGAUGGGAAUGUGCUCCAGAACGAGGAAGGUGAAACCACCAGCCACCUAAUGGGCAUGUUCUAUCGUACAAUUCGCAUGGUCGAGAACGGCAUCAAGCCAGUGUAUGUGUUUGAUGGGAAGCCUCCUCAGCUGAAGUCAGGUGAGCUGGCCAAGCGUACCGAAAGGCGGGCCGAGGCUGAGAAGCAGCUGGAAGCUGCCCAAGAGGCAGGAGAGGUAGAGAACAUUGAAAAGUUUAAUAAGAGACUCGUGAAGGUCACAAAGCAGCAUAAUGAGGAAUGCAAGAAGCUGCUAUCCCUGAUGGGGAUUCCAUAUGUGGAUGCCCCAUGUGAGGCAGAAGCCACAUGUGCUGCUUUGGUAAAAGCUGGAAAGGUGUAUGCAGCUGCAACUGAAGAUAUGGACGCGUUGACAUUUGGUACUCCUCUCUUGCUUCGUCAUCUCACAACUAGCGAGGCCAAAAAGUUACCUAUCCAGGAAUUUCACCUCACUCGUGCCCUAGAGGAUAUAGGUAUCACCCAAGAGCAGUUUAUAGAUCUCUGUAUAUUGUUAGGCUGCGAUUACUGCGAGACCAUCAGAGGCAUCGGCCCAAAGAGAGCGAUAGAACUGAUAAAGCAGCACAGGAGCAUCGAAGAGGUCUUGGAUAACAUAGACCUGAAGAAGUACCCCGUUCCAGAAAACUGGUUAUACAAGGAAGCUCGCCAGCUAUUCUUAGAGCCUGAUGUGGUUGACAUAAAUGGUAUAGAGCUGAAGUGGCAGGACCCAGAUGAGGACAGCCUGGUGGCCUUUAUGUGCGGCGAAAAGCAGUUCAAUGAGGACCGUAUCCGUAAUGGUGCCAAGAAGCUGUCCAAGAACCGCCAUGGCAGUACUCAAGGCCGUUUAGAUGACUUCUUCAAGGUGACUGGAUCCAUCAGCUCCACCAAAAGGAAAGAGAUUGAUGUUAAAGGCUCAGCCAAAAAAAAGGCAAAAACGGGAGGCACCCCAUCGGGGAAAUUUAAGAAAGGCAAAUAAGUGACUGAACUUGGCGGAGAUGGAGAUGUGAACUAUUUUUCUGAUAGGAGUAUUAUGUGUGCUGAAGUUUUGGAAUGUUUUGUUCAUUCAAAUGAUUAAAAUGCUUUUUGUUUAGAGCUUCCCAGUUUUUGCCAAAUUAUUAAAGGAAAUUAAAAGCGCCAUCAUGGCAAUCAUACCAUUUU